AAUUUAUGAAAAUAACGAGUUUUAAAUUGAAGUUCUUUUGCAUUCUCACACACACUGAAAGCUUCAUAUAAUUCCAGCCAAAAAUCUAAUAAAAGAAGAAGAGAAAAAAGAGAGAUGAAAAUAAAGCGCAGUAAGUCUCUUUCUCCUGAACCAUCUAGUAGCAGAGAUAUAAAACGUAUAAAACUUGAAGAAAUUGCAAAUCUAAAUGGAUCAACAUCUCUGCAUAUCCUUGAAUUCUCGGAUGAUGUUUUACUUAAUAUAUUGAAAUAUUUACAUCCACAAGAUCUUAUGGCAAUCAGCUUAUGUUGUCAAAGAUUUGCACAAUUAACGCAAGACAGAACUCUGUGGAGAAGAGCAGAUUUUCGAACAAAGCCCAUAUAUCUAGAAGAUUUGAAUCAGUAUAUGAAGUUUUUGCAACCAAUAACAAUGAGUUUGGCAAUGCGUGGCAAUCUGAUUUCUCGUGAACGUUCAUCUCUUACGCAAAGAUUCUUUAAUAAUGUGAAAACACUAUGUGAUCAACUCAAAGAAUUGAUCAUUGAAGAAUAUUAUAUCAAUGGAGAUAAGAUUCAUAUAACAGAUUUUCCAUGCACUAUUGAAAAGCUUUCAUUAGAAGGUUGCAAAAUGAAUUACUUACAAAGCAAUAAAUCUUAUUUUUUUAAAAUGGAUCUUCACAUGCCUAAUUUGACAUGUUUGAUUUUAAGUAAUUGUGAGUGGUUUACGCCACAUUCCUUACUAGUUAUUAGCAAAAUACCAAAACUUAAAGAACUCAGAUUGAAUUCAUGUCAUCGUCUGGGCGAGUGUGUUGCAUAUGCUAGUUUAGCAACUAGAUUUGGAUUCAAAACAUUAGAGAUUUUAGACUUACGGGAUACAGCACUUGGGGAUAGUGAAGUUGGUUGUUUUAGUAGUACUAAAACUCUAACGCAUCUAUAUUUGGAAUGCCCUUCGACAUGGAGAAAUGAUGAAUCGCCUGAAGUUAUACAACAUCGGCAGCAACAAGCUUUACGAUUACCUAUAUUUGAAGAUGGCAAUCUAGCACAGUUUUUAGUCGAGGAUGGAUUUUCUUUUGAAAAUUAUGGAUUUCAACGAUGUUUGAUAUCAGAUAGAGCAAUCUGUGCACUUGGAAGUGAUAUUUGCGAUAGAGAAAGAGUAAAUAGCUAUUUAGCUCCACAAAGAAGAAUAAUAAUAUUACGAGAAGAUAUACGAGAAGAUAGACGAGAAGAUAGACGAAUAUCUAAUAAUCCAAAUCUUAAAACAUUGGUUGUUAGAAAUUAUCCACGUGUAACAAAUUCGAGUCUGAUCCAUUUGGCUUUAAAUGCAUCAAGAUUAGAAUACUUAGAUGUUACUGGUACUUCUGUAACAAGAGAUGGCGUUGAAUCCUUUAAAUCACAAAAAAACAAUGUUAAAGUAGUCUCAUCAUUUGAUGAGACAUAGUCAAGGUCAUAUCUAGCAAAUUAGGAAUU